AUGGAUGUGCUUAUUAUGUUUCAUUACAUUGGGUUGAUAAGAACAACUUUUCUUAUGCAAAUAGAUGUCGGUCCUAGUGAACAUCGAUCAGUAACAGCUUCGAACAGAAGACUCCAUGAAUUAGAGAGACGUGGAUGUGGACGUGGACGUGCUCGAGUAUAUGAUGAUGACAUGCACAUUGCCAUGGAUGAUGACAUGCACAUUGCCAUGGAUGAUGAUCCUAUACAUGGGGCACCAGUUAUGGAUGAUAUUGCUAUGGAUGAUGACCCUAUUGGUGAUGAUGCUGACAUUGUUGAUGAAGAUAUCCUUACUCAGCCAUUUCCGGGAGGUCCAACUGAUUCAUCAAUCCUUAAAAGUUUUAAAAGUCAUGUUGCCGCAGCUAUUUGGAAUGGUGCUGAUGAAAGGGGGCCCUUAAAGUGUCAUAAUCACUCAUCUAAGAUUCGUUCGUGGCCAUGGUGGGAACAAGGAAACAACAGUACAUUUGUAAACAUUGUGGAGAUGCCAGGACUUGCACAAUUAGCUCGUUGCACAUACCGCUUUGUCAAUAAAAUUGUAGUGUCUAGUUUUGUUGAGAGAUGGCAACCGGAGACAAACACCUUCCAUUUGACUGUUGGAGAGAUGACUAUCACAUUGGACGAUGUCGCUACUAUCCUAGGGCUUCCCAUUGUAGGCAAAUCUAUUAGCGUGCGUAAGUUGUCAGAAAGGCGGGCUGUUACAUUAGUAGUUAAUACCUUGGAAAUUGAUGAGCAAGAAGUCAGACAUGAGAUGUCUACUGCUGGAGGCAAUUCAGUGAGGCUUGAGUGGUUGAGGGCACAGUUUCAUAAUGUCACAGACAAUUAUUCAAUGGAAAGAAUUGCAUGUGCAAGUAGAGCAUACUUGCUAUUUUUGUUGGGUUGUACACUUUUUAGUGACAAGACAUGUACUAGGGCCCCUGUUGUUUAUUUGAGUUUGUUGUCCGAUUUGACGACUGUAUCUUCAUAUGCUUGGGGUGCUGCUACAUUGGCAUACUUAUAUAGACAGUUGGGGUACGCUAGCAGGUCCGGCGUGAAACAAAUAGCCGGUUACAUGACACUCCUUGAGGGGUGGAUUUAUGAGCACUUUCGUGGAUUCCGACCACACUUGAAUAUGAAUUACACUCGAGACAGGCCACAUGUUUACUGUUGGACUUCUCGAAGAGAGUAUGGUAAAGAGACACAGUUGCAGGCUUUUCGAGAGGAGCUUGAUAGGUUGGGUGUACAUGAUGUUAUUUGGGACCCGUACCAGAGUUGCAGAGAUGUCCAUCCAUGUCAUUCAGUUACGUUCUACCACGGUUGCCUAAAGUGUUUGGAAGUAGUUGAACCAUAUCACCCUGAUAGAGCGUUGAGACAGUUUAGCAGAGUGCAGACAAUCCCUAAUCCACCACUUGGCCCUAUGCAUGCUUCUCGAGGAGCCACAGCUCCACGCUACAAUGUUAUGUAUGCAUACUUGGACAUCAUUUGGGAGGCAUGGGACAACCAUGUGUUAUCUGAUCGAAGGAGGAGUACACCGGUACGGCAACCUUGGGAUUGUGCUCCUGGUUACAUGGAUUGGUACCAAACCAUUACCCAUAUGUACGUACAAAACCCAUCGCGUCGUUCUCAAGUGGAUCCGAAUAUCCAUCAUUAUCAGUAUCCUAACCAAGACGCACAUCGUAUGUCACAGAUACAUCAGAUUACUCAUCCUUUCAUUGAGGCUGGCUAUGAGGACAGUGUUCAACAUCCUGAUAGGCUUUACUACGCAAUUGAUGCAAUCGAACAACUUCUUCAAGAUCAGCACAUUAGUGAAGCUGCGCCCAGCACAUCCACUCAGGGUCGGUCUGCACCCAGCUCUUCCACUGCACAUCGUUUUGGUGCACAUUAUACUCGCCGGUCAUGUAGUUAA